CUUCUUAAUGCCACUUGUAUCGCUGCUAAUGCACCAAACUUACUAGCUCUCCUUCCAACAGUCCAACUCAAUGUCGAGCUAUCACUGAACCUGACGGGACCUUUGGCGCCUGGUAAUCUAUCUCUCAUUGCCCACCACUACUUCGCUAGUGCUACAACUGCCGUUUUCAACUUUGAUAUCUUCCCCGAGCAAAUUACUGGCCUUGUCAUUUCGUCGAAGAAAGACCAGGCGAAUUCUCCAGCUGGUUCAAUCAAGGGCCCCGCCAAUAUUAGUUAUGGUGCUGUUCCUUGGCUCUUCUUAGAGGCUGAUAUCGGCACUGUUGGCUCUUUCAAGAGCAUCUAUCGCUUGAACACAGCUGGAGGUGAGGCUCGUGCAACAGGUGACGACCUUCCAGCUGCAUUUACGGUACCAUACUCCGCGAUCUACCAUUUCUUGGCCUAG